GUUCAGACUUCGCGUUCCCGCCGCCCAUUCUUUCUGCUUCAUUUCCUUUGUCUUAAACAUUUAGUUACGGAAGGAAAACGUAAAGUAAAACAUCUCUCUUCUUCUUCUUCUUCUUCUUCUUAGUUUAAUAGACAAAAGUACUUAAAUCAAGGAACGAGAAACACCAGCUGGUUUAGUCUUUAUGUUCAAUGGCAAAAUCAAAAAAUUGUAACGCCAAGAAGCAGUCGUAUAUUUCAGUUCCAUCUCAGAUUAUCAACUCUCUCUCCUCUUCUUCUCUCCAGUCUCUCCUCGUUUCUCCAAAGAAAAAGAACUCAAACAGGUUCUUUUUUGGCUACAACUCAUGCAGAAGCCCCAGGGUUUGGUUGUUUGCUCUCUUUCUCUUCGGCCUUGUUGGCAUGCUGAGGUUGGGCUGGAAUGUUGACACUCUGAUCCCAUUCUCUCCCUACCCCUGUCUCCAAUCUCAAUCAAAACCGCAUCAGAGUUUUGCUUCCAACAUUGACCAAGUUGGUAAGAAAGACGACUUUCUGAUCGCUAAUAAUAGCGGUCAACCUUCUCAUCAUUCUCAUUCGGAAAGUGAGUUUUGGAAGCAGCCUGAUGGGAUGGGCUACCGGCCGUGUUUGGCCUUCAGUGCCGAGUAUAGAAGAGCAGGUGAGGCCAUUGUGAAGAACAGGAGCAAGUAUUUGCUGGUGGUCGUUUCAGGUGGCAUAAAUCAGCAAAGGAAUCAGAUUGUGGAUGCUGUUGUCAUUGCUAGGAUUCUUGGAGCUGCUUUAGUUGUUCCCAUCUUGCAAGUCAAUGUCAUCUGGGGUGAUGAAAGUGAAUUUUCUGAUAUAUUCGAUUUCGCUCAUUUCAAGAGGGUUCUUGCCAAUGAUGUGCGUAUACUGUCGUCAUUGCCUUCUACACAUAUAAUGACAAGGCCAGUAGAGGAGAAACGGACUCCACUUCAUGUCUCGCCACAAUGGAUUCGUGCACGUUAUCUUAAGCGGAUAAACAGGGAAGGAGUUUUGCUUUUACGAGGUCUGGAUUCAAGGCUCUCUAAAGAUCUUCCUCCUGAUCUUCAAAAGCUUCGCUGCAAGGUGGCAUUUCAAGCAUUAAGAUUUGCUCCACCAAUCCUUGAACUUGGUAACAAGCUCGCUCAGAGAAUGCAGAGCAAGGGACCCUACCUUGCUCUUCAUCUUCGAAUGGAGAAGGAUGUAUGGGUAAGGACCGGUUGCCUUCCAGGCUUGAGCAAGGAGUAUGAUGAGAUGAUCCAUAAUGAAAGGAGAAGACGCCCUGAGCUUCUCACUGCAAGAUCAAACAUGACUUAUCAUGAGCGAAAGCUUGCAGGACUGUGCCCCUUGAAUGCUUUUGAGGUGACUAGGCUGCUUAAAGCUUUAGGGGCUCCAAGGAGUGCAAAAAUAUACUGGGCUGGAGGGCAACCACUGGGUGGGAAAGAAGCCUUGUCACCAUUAACCAGAGAAUUUCCCCACUUCUACAAUAAGGAAGAUCUUGCAUUUCCUGGUGAACUAGAACCAUUUGCUAACAAGGCUUCUUUUAUGGCUGCAAUUGACUAUAUAGUUUCUCAGAAAAGUGAUGUUUUCAUGCCAUCUCAUGGUGGAAAUAUGGGCCAUGCAAUUCAGGGACAAAGAGCGUAUGCAGGGCAUAAAAAGUAUAUAACUCCGAAUAAAAGGCAUAUGCUCCCUUAUUUUCUGAACUCCUCUCUCCCUGAAGCUGAGUUCAGCAGGAUCAUAAAGGAAUUGCACCAUGAAUCUUUAGGGCAGCCAGAACUCAGGGCUAGCAAAGCUGGAAGGGAUGUAACUAAGUAUCCAGUUCCCGAGUGCAUGUGCAACAAUGUACAUACCCGCUGAAUAUGAUACUUUGUAGCUUGACAGAUUGCUCCAUUGAGAUUUGAGAAUUCUUGGUGCUACCCUGAAUUUGAGCCCUUAAAAUUUGAUACUAAUGACGUUUGGGGCAAUGAUGAUUCUUUGGAGCGCCAUUUCAAGAGCGACUGCAGCCUGGUCACCCUCUUUUGCAAGUACUUGCAUUUGGUCUUUUGCAUAUACCAUCCUACUUGCAUGUGUAUGUAUUCGAGGCAAGAAAGAUGUCCACAUAUAAUGAGAAUAUAUAUAUGAUAGUCUAUCAUUCUUUAAUUCUUUACAGGAAGAGUUUUUCCCAUUUUAAGAAUAGGUUUUUUACUUUUUCAUUCUUUCCACUGAGUGUAUGUACCUCCUUGUUAUACAUGUAUAUUUGUUAAUAAAGCGUUUCCUCCUUGAAAGCACCCUUA